AUGACCUUCCGCACCCGGUUCGAAGCCACUCGGUCUUUCGAUCUCGAGGACGACAUGGAAUUCUGCCCCGGCCUGUUGACGGACAGCGAUCUGGUCUCCAUCCAUAGCGCUUCUGAGCGUUCUUCGCUCGCAAGCGGUUCUCCCGAGUCCUCUCCCACACAACAGCCCCAGACGGUCGCUCCGGCCUUCUCUCUCAACUCUGCCUCGCCUUCCUUCAUCCCUCCUGCGUUCCAGAACCAACAGUCCAGCCUCAAGUUGCACCAGCCUGCAGCCACCCGUGGUCGCGCCAUUCCUAUUGUGAACCCGCUCACCGGUGCGACCAUGAGCAGCCCGCCUCCUUCCGUCUCCCCGGCCAGGAUGCAGCAGAUGCCUCUCAGGCGAUGGUAA